AUGUCCUGGAAACCUCAGCGUACCCUACAGGAAGUGAACGCGAUUUUAUGUGCCUCUGGCAGUCCACAUGAGCUGCAAACGCGUCUUAUCGGUGGCCAGCUUCAACGCGUUUACAAGAAUUUGUGGCCAUCAUUACGGAUGUUCUGGCUUUCAUCUGUCCAACAGCACAAAGAUGCUACCUACGUGGUUUUUGAAGACCUUCGGUACACAUUUGGCCAGGUGUUUGAACGUGCUUUAAAAGCUGCCGCGAUUUAUCGGGAUGUAUAUGGUGUCCGUAAAGGUGACAGGGUAGCCAUCUGCUCCAGGAAUUAUCCAGAAUACCUGGUGGCAUUUUGGGCAUGUCACCUUAUUGGUGCGGUUUCUGUACUGGCAAAUGCUUGGUCGCCGCUCAACACCUUAGUUUACUGCUUGACGCAUACCCAAUGUAAGCUGAUUAUCGUGGACUCAGAGCGCGCGGAUCGACUAGAGCCUAUUACAUCAAAACUCGCUCGUGAAGCGCAAACCAAUGGUUUUCUGGUUAUCGAAUCAGGCGAAGGUAAAGGAGAAUGGGCGGGUAUGAAAACGUGGGCUGCUGUAUUCGAUGCGUACAAAGGCGAUACCCAAAGCAUCCUCAAUGAGGAUUUUGAGAUUCUGCCGGAAGACAAUGCGGCCAUCUUGUUUACCUCCGGGACCACCGGUCACCCUAAAGGUGUCCUGAGCACACAAAGGCAAUAUUUGACCAAUGUUUUGAACGUUCUAGUUGGCAGCCGCAGAGCCACACUUCGACGAGGAGACGAUAUCACUGUUCCUCCCCCAGGGCCUCAAAAAGGAAUUUUGAUUUCUGUCCCUCUAUUCCAUGUCACGGGUUCUACGAGCUUAUCGAUGUUGGCCACCUUAUCAGGUUUGAAAAUUGUCCUCAUGCGUAAGUGGGAUGUUGAGGAGGCUAACAGGUUGAUCCAGAAUGAGGAUAUCGAGAUAGCCGGCGGUGUUCCUUCCAUGGUAGCAGAUCUUACAGGUAGCUCGAAAGCAUGCCGUCCUUUGGCAUCGCUGAUGUUCGGUGGUGCACCUGCACCCGACUCCCUCGCAAUGCGAGCGAAACAGGCUUUUCCAACUGCCGUUAUGAGUCAGGGUUAUGGUCUAACAGAAACCAAUAGCGUUGCAGUUGGUUUUGCUGGUGAGGAUUAUGACAGUCGGCCGGCAAGUUGUGGACUACCCACUCCAGUUAAUGAUAUCGUUAUUAUGAACAACGAUACAUCCGGCCCUCCGGGCACCGUUGGUGAAGUUUGGUUACGGGGGCCCAAUGUUAUGAAGGGAUAUUGGCGUGAUGAAGGCGCGACUGAAAAGGCGCUGACUAAAGAUGGAUGGCUUAAGACGGGGGACCUUGGCGUGGUCGACGAAGAGGGAUUCCUCUACAUUCGGGAUCGGAUGAAAGAUAUCAUAAUUCGCGGGGGCGAGAAUAUUGACUCGGUGUCAGUAGAAAACACCCUGUAUGCGGAUGAUCGUGUAUUGGAGGUUGCAGCUGUAGGAGUUCCAGAUAUAAGGCUUGGGGAACUAGUAGCUGCGGUUGUGUUCAUCAAACCAGGACACGGUGGGGAGGUAACUGAAGCAUCACUCAUUAAACUGGCACAAAAAAGCCUGCCAAGGUUCGCUGUUCCCGUCAUUGUUGUCAUCCAGAACGAACCAUUCGAACGUACGGCGUCUGGAAAGAUCGUAAAGGAGAAAUUGCGCAAAGUUGCGCGUGAUGCAUGGGGGAAGAGGGCGAACAAUAGCCCUGUGCCCAAGCUCUGA